UUCCCACCUCUCAUAUUGCUUGCUGCUCUUUCCACCACUUCUAUGACCAUCUUAAACCUACUCAGAUUCCUUCAUACCAAUACCAAGCGCCUCAAACUAAGAACAAGAAUUUCCAAAUUAGACACAGAAAACAACCCAAGAGAGAAUAAUGGCUUCAAGCACAGCAGUUACAAUGGCUAUGCCAUUGCCCAAUGCUACCACCCAAAAGAGAGUGGUUCAAUCCUCAGAGGCCUUCUUCAAGCCACUACCCCUCAUGCCAUCAAAGGCUGUGUCCUCACCAUCAAGAUCAAGUGGAAGACUUGAGGUCAGGGCUUCCCUGAAGGAGAAGGCCGUCACCGCAAUCACUGCCGCCGCACUCACAGCCUCGAUGGUGGUCCCCGACGUGGCGGAAGCUGCUUCCGGAGUGUCUCCGUCGCUCAAGAACUUCUUGCUCAGCAUUGCUGCCGGCGGCACUGUACUUGUUGCAAUUAUUGGAGUUGUGGUCGGAGUGUCCAAUUUCGACCCUGUUAAGAGGGGCUGAGAAAAUCGAUAUGGUUGGGAGUGUUCCUAAUCAUUCUUGAUUUUUCAUCCUCUUCAUGUGUCUAUUUAGUGAUGUUUGUUAUGUUUAUGAUUUAUAUCAUCGUGUAAUAUGGCUCUUCUUUCCUCCUCUCAGAAAACUGUGAAUGCUGAAACCUCA